GGUGACCCAGAAAACAUCACCAUCUUUGGGGAAUCGGCCGGUGCUGUCAGUGUGUCCCUGCAGACCUUGUCCCCGAAGAACAAGGGCCUGUUCAAGAGAGCCAUCAGCCAGAGUGGUGUUGGGGUCUGCAGCUGGGCCAUCCAGAGGGACCCGCUCUUCUGGGCUAAAAAGCUCGGAGAAAAGCUGGGCUGCUCCACAGACAACACCACCGUCUUGGCCAACUGCCUUCGUGUCUCUGACCCCAAAGCCUUGACACUCGCCUACCACCUGCAGCUGACCAACCUGCCCACUGCCCUGGUGCACACCCUGGCCAUCACUCCCGUGGUCGAUGGAGAUUUCCUCCCAGACAUGCCAGAGAAUCUCUUUGCCAACGCUGCUGACAUCGACUACCUGGUUGGGGUCAAUGACAUGGACGGGCACUUCUUCGCUGGAGUGGACUUACCUGCCAUCAAUGCCCCACUGAGGAAAAUCACUGA